GUCGAUGUCUGCUGGCGACGACGACGAGAGGGCUUCGUGAGAGAGCGAGAGAGAGAGAGACAGAGUUCUUGUGCUGGUGGUGCUGCUGUUCAUCCUCCUCCGUCGAAGGGGGCACAGCCUUGCGCCCCUCCCCUCUCCCAUGGAGGGCUCUGGGCUGGGCCACGUGACCCGCACCCCCAAGUGCGCGCGCUGCCGCAACCACGGGGUCGUCUCGCGCCUCAAGGGCCACAAGCGCUUCUGCCGCUGGCGCGACUGCGCAUGCGCCAACUGCCAGCUGGUGCUCGAGCGCCAGCGCGUGAUGGCCGCGCAGGUGGCGCUGCGCAGGCAGCAGCAGCAGCAGUCGAGGACUCGUCACGUGGACGCGGCUGCCGGGGGGGUCGUGACCUCUCGCUCCGCGGGUCACUCGCGCGCGGCCCGGACACCCGGCAUCGUGGCACGGAGCAUCCUGGAAGGUUAUCGUCCCCCUGCCCUGGAGGCUGACUCGCAUGGUGGCUCCUCCGGUACUUCAUCCACCACCUCCUCCUCCUCCUCGUCAUCGUCGUCCCUCCCUCCCGCACUCAGCGAGAGGAUGCGCAAGCGCCGAGCGUUCGCCGACAGGGAACUGGAGUCAGUGAUGAUGGAGCGCGAGAGACUCCACAGCCAUCACCAGCAUCAUCACCUGGUGGACAAUCAACCCUGCAGACCCAUCGUCCACCUCCUCCCAGCGAUGUGGCCACUCGGGGCUUCUGCGGUAUCUAGAGCCACCUAUUUACAGUCCUGCUUGCACGAACAUUUUCAACAGCAACAACAUCAUCAACAGCAACAACAGCAACAACAUCAUCAUCAGCAGCAGCAUCAUCAUAAUCAGCAGCGCCGAUCGCCUCUGGACCUCACGAUGCCAAAAUCGUGUCCUAAAACGCUCGGUGCUCCUCUGAUGGAGCAGUGUCCAGUGGUGCACUCGUCACCACUGACAUCAGCAGCAGCAGCAUCAUCAGCAGCAGCAUCAUCAUCAGCAGCAGCAGCAUCAUCACAUAUGUUUAUGUCAAAUAUUCAACCUCUGCCGCGAAUCGUGUCCAGUGAAGCAGAUGCAACGACCGCUUACUUCUUACAGCUGGAACAUCACCUCCAUCAACACCACCACCACCACCACCGUCAUGAUGCUGGUCACCACCAUCAUCAGCACCACCAGCGUAAAGAGGAUGAUCGUAAAGGUCAUCAUCAUCAUCAUCAGCAGCAGCAGCAGGACCUCGAUGUCACCUGCACCUGCCCAAGCGCGCGGGAUUUGACCACGCUUGACGCGUGGAGGUCACAGUCACUGGGUCAUCACGACCUCUCCUCGGCCUUCAGAAGGUUUCCGAACUCGCAGAGCGCCACAGUCAAGUCGCGAACGGAGCGCGACAGAGACGAGAAGGAGCAGGAUGAUGACGCGGACGAUGAGGUGGCCGUCUUCGCGACAUCUCAAAGCAAGAAGUCGGCCUCUGUCCGGCGGCCUCUCCCCUUCUCUGUGGAGUCUCUUCUGCAGGCGUGCUAGCAGCUUGCUAGCAUCGUGCUAGCAGCGUGCUGGCCACGUGACGGCCACGUGACUGGCCACGCGCUCGCAGCGUGGUGGUCUGGUGACGGCCACGUGACUGG